AUGGGACCCGGCUUGGGUCUGGGGCUGGGACUUGGCGUGAGCCAGGAGCGGACACGAGAGCCAGAACGGGACAGCAUCGAUGGGCACAACUAUGCAGAGAUCGAUGUGGUCAAUGACUCGGACUUUUGCUACCUAACGAAUCUCAAUAAUUACUACCAGGAGCAGCGACUCAAUGCGCUACGUCAGGGCAUGCCUUCGUUGCCGCAAAUGAAGACGACAGCCACAUCGACGAGUCCCUGGCAUGAGCCAAAGGAGGAUGCGCCCAAGAGCAAGCCCACGCCUUUGCAAAUGCUAAGGAAUCCCAAAAAGUGGAGGGUAACCCGUGCCGUGGAUGAUAUUGUAAAGGUGAUGAUCAUUGCCUCCUCGGAGCAUGUCCUCGACUACGAUGUGCUGUGGUAGGGGGAGUAGUAGGACACACACAUACACACACACACAUGCUAUAUAUCUAGUCAAAACUCCCAAUUGCCAUACAAAAAAAAAAUAUUUUAAUAUCGUAAAAGCCUCUCCCUUCGCCCUGUGGACACUGUGCUUUGAGGCUCUCUUUUCGGUCCCCCACACCCUUCCAACCGCAGAGAUUGUAUAUAAGAAACGCAAACGUUUGUUAAAGUUACUUCCCCAAACCCCCCCUCCCUGCAACAAAUCGCAGAAUACUCAGAGAAGGUCCUUCAAUCAUCAAUCGAUCCAUGAAUCACUGAAUCCAUGGAUUUACUAACGAAAAGCAACUAAACAAAUGCCUAUGCUAAAUGUGGUCUAGCCGUUAAACGUUUAACUACCCCGCCCCCCUCUACCCAUAAAAUGUUUAUCCAAAGUGCAUAUAGGAUAUAGAAAUACGAUCCUACACAUCAUACUCGUCUAACCAUACUUCGUAUGAUUCGAUUUAGUUAACUAACUAACUAACUAACGACUAAUAUUAGUUUAAUUUCCACUCGUAUUGACACAUCAGAGAAGGGUUUUAUAUGAUUUCAAUAACUAUCAUAUAUAUAUAUAUAUUUAUACGUAACUGAACGAACAACUGACAACAAACUGAACGAUCAAGCAAAUCCGAACCCCCAGGAAACCCAAAGCAGCUAUAUCGUACGUAUUCUUAUACUAAAUAAUGAUUAAUAAUAAUACAUACUUAUAUGUAAUGCAAUUAUACAAAUACAAUAGUUAUUAUGAUUAUUA